GCCCACAGUGUUGUCGCGGUUGCUGGGGAAUUUGGUGGUGAAAAACAAGAAGGCUCAGUUUGUGAUGACGCAGAAACUGUUGCUGCUUCAGUACAGCUUCCCGACCAAAGUGCUGCAGACUCUAAUCGGCUACCUUGCCUUGGACACCACACGCCGUUCACUACUGACCAAAAUUCUAAGAGAGCUGCUGGAGACCUGGAGUAGCAGCAGUGCUGUGAAACACGCCCCAGCCGAGCAACAGCUGUACAUCAGCAAGGCCAUCCUUCUCUGCCUCUCUCACCUGGAAGAAGAGGAUCUCUCAACCAGCCGACAAGUGUUUCAGUAUGAAGAAGACGAUGAGAUUAAAGAACUGAAAUCCUUGCUAACCCGAAGACUGGAAGAGACGCCAGACCCCGGGCCCCUUAACCCUGGGGACAGCACCCACAAUGCGACAGCCAGUGCGGUUCUACAGUCCAAUGCGACACCACCAAACCUGGAUGCCUCUGAAGAAAAGGGAGUUGAUUCAGAGCUUGAUAGCGAUGACGACCUGGUCCCUUAUGACAUGUCGCAGGAUAAAGAGCUGAAGAAAACCAGAGCUCCCACCUAUAUCAGGGACUGUUUUGAAAUCCUGACGGGACCGGAAGAUGUUGAAAAAUACGAAGCCGCUUUGGGCGUCCUGGAAACUUUGAUCCGAAGGGACACAGCUACUGCUCAAGAGAUGAGCGUGGAACUGGCAAAAGUCUUGCUCCACUUGGAAGAGAGGAGCUACAUUGAAAGCUUUGCGGGGCUUCGGCAAGGUGCUUUGGUGGCGGUUACCGUCGCAGACCCCGUCCGAGUGGCCAAAUACCUAACUUCAGAAUUUUACUCCCUAAAUUACAGUCUGUGUCAACGGAUGGACAUCCUGGAUGUGUUGGCCAUGUCUGCUCAGGAAUUGUCUCGGCCAUCUUCAUCUCCCUCAAAACCAAAUGCCAGCACCCCCAGUAUCCAAAUCAUCUCUCCUCGCUCUUCUUCUCCAGACUGGAAGAAAGUGGUGGAUGAAAGGAUCCGAAGCAAAACCCGAAGGUUUGCAAAGGGCCGGUCCCAAGCAGAACAGAUGGGCACUCCUAACCAGUUUGCUCCAGUUGCUGGCCAUUUUUUCUUCCCGCUUCUUCGGAACUUCGACAGGUGA